CCUUCCCCCGCCGCCGCCGCCGCCCCUCACGGCGGCCUCGGGCCGCGCCCGGACGGCGGCCCAGGUUUUACCAAGGGACAGUACAUCUAACACUUAACUUGGAUCAUCUCUUGUUCAUCAGCUUGAAAAUCAUAACAGCCCCCAAAACUGACAUUUGAUCUGAAAGAAAAAGCUGUGACAGAUGGACAAUAUGUCUAUUACUAACACACCAACAAGUAAUGAUGCUUGUCUGAGCAUUGUUCACAGCUUGAUGUGCCAUCGACAAGGUGGAGAGAGCGAAACUUUCGCAAAGCGCGCAAUUGAGAGUUUAGUUAAAAAGCUAAAGGAGAAAAAAGAUGAAUUGGAUUCUCUGAUUACAGCUAUAACCACAAACGGAGCUCACCCUAGCAAGUGUGUUACAAUACAGAGGACGCUGGACGGGAGGCUGCAGGUGGCUGGCCGCAAGGGAUUCCCCCAUGUGAUUUACGCCCGGCUUUGGAGGUGGCCCGACCUGCACAAAAAUGAGCUCAAGCACGUUAAAUACUGUCAGUAUGCUUUUGACCUGAAGUGUGACAGUGUCUGUGUGAACCCUUACCAUUAUGAGCGUGUGGUGUCGCCUGGCAUCGAUCUCUCGGGACUGACGCUGCAGAGCUCAGCCCCGCCCAGCAUGCUGGUGAAGGACGAGUACGUGCACGACUACGAGGCGCAGCCGUCGCUGUCGUCGGCCGAGGGCCACUCCGUGCAGACCAUCCAGCACCCGCCCAGCAACAGGGCCAGCUCGGAGCCCUUCAGCGCCCCGGCCAUGCUGGCCCCCGCCGAGGCCAGCACCACCAGCACCACCAACUUCCCCAACAUUCCCGUGGCCUCCACAAGUCAACCUCCCAGUAUAUUGACAGGUAGCCAUAGUGAUGGCCUCUUACAGAUUGCUUCAGGGCCCCAGCCAGGAGCUCGGCAGAAUGGGUUCACAGCCCAGCCAGCCACUUACCACCACAACAGUACCACCAGCUGGACGGGGAGCCGGACGGCCGCCUACACGCCCAGCAUCCCGCACCACCAGAACGGCCACCUGCAGCACCACCCGCCCAUGCACCCCGGACACUACUGGCCAGUUCACAAUGAACUCGCAUUCCAGCCUCCUAUAUCAAACCAUCCUGCUCCAGAGUACUGGUGCUCCAUCGCCUACUUUGAGAUGGACGUGCAGGUCGGGGAGACGUUCAAGGUGCCCUCCAGCUGCCCCAUUGUCACCGUGGACGGGUACGUGGAUCCCUCCGGAGGGGACCGCUUCUGCCUGGGCCAGCUGUCCAACGUGCACAGAACAGAGGCCAUCGAGAGAGCGAGGUUGCACAUCGGCAAGGGCGUGCAGCUGGAGUGCAAGGGCGAGGGCGACGUGUGGGUGCGCUGCCUGAGCGACCACGCCGUGUUCGUGCAGAGCUACUACCUGGACCGGGAGGCGGGCCGAGCCCCGGGCGACGCCGUGCACAAGAUCUACCCCAGCGCUUACAUCAAGGUGUUCGACCUGCGGCAGUGCCACCGCCAGAUGCAGCAGCAGGCGGCCACCGCGCAGGCCGCCGCCGCCGCGCAGGCUGCAGCCGUGGCCGGCAACAUCCCGGGGCCCGGCUCCGUGGGAGGCAUCGCCCCCGCCAUCAGCCUGUCGGCGGCGGCCGGCAUCGGCGUGGACGACCUGCGGCGGCUGUGCAUCCUGAGGAUGAGCUUUGUCAAGGGCUGGGGCCCGGACUACCCGCGGCAGAGCAUCAAGGAGACGCCGUGCUGGAUCGAGAUCCACCUGCACCGCGCGCUGCAGCUGCUGGACGAGGUGCUGCACACCAUGCCCAUCGCCGACCCGCAGCCCCUGGACUGAGCCGCCUGUGAAGCGCCCUCUGCUGCCGCCUACACUGAUGCUCCACUGUCCUUCUGCUUAACCUUCUCAAACAGGUUUUAAAAAUGUGUUUGCCGCCUUGCUCUUAGCAGAACGCCUCUGAACGUGCAGGAUUUGGAUUUCAGUUAUUUCCAGAACUCAGUAGUCGUAACACAGGGCCUGACGUGGAAGGUAAACGCUUUAUAGAGACUUCACAGUGUUGGGUUUGUUCCCUUUGAAACUCUCCUUCCCUACGGUGGCGUCUUGGUGAUCAGCCUCACGGGAGCCUUUUGUAUGCAGAAUAUAUAUUAUAUAUAUAUUUGUAUCUGAAAAUUCCUUCUAGUAGUUAAAAACAUUUACCUUGUAGCGACUUUAAAAUUCCAGCUGAUUUGUGAUAUUCUGUUUAGGGAACAGUAGUUAACAGAAGACUUCUUUAUUUUGUCGAUGAUCACGUUACGAUUUUUCCAGGUUAAAGCCUCGCAGCUGCCAAAAAGUGAGGGGAUGACACAUACCUUGUUGGCAUUGAUCAAAAAAUUCUUUAGUUUUUGAAAAAAACAAAAGACAUCCUAGAUUUUUAUUUAUGUAACCAUGUGAAUUUAAAACACUAAAGGAAACGGAUACUUUGAGUGUGGGCACUCGGUUUGAGGCGGAGCACCCCAGCUGCAGCAUUGCCACUGAAAUUGACUCGUGAGUGCCCGAUGGCAGGAAUGUGUUUUCAUGAUUACUACUGACCUCUGUGGUUCCACUCAAAAAAACCCCCCUAGCAUGUAUCAUGGGUAAAUCUGCAUGACUCCUACUUGCAUAUGUCAUGGAAGCGUGUACGGUAAUCCAUCGGCAUUUAGACUGGGUUUUUGUCUCUGUUCACCAUUUCCACUCAGGGCAAGAUGGCAAACCUGUUUUUAUACCUCCCGGUUAUUUCAGCCCUGUGCCAAGGGGCAAUGGCUCCGUGCAGAGCCCGCAGCAGGGAGCGUGCAGUGCUUCCCCGGGCUGUGGGGCACAGCAGCCGCUCUGCCUGGCCCUGCCUGCAGCACCAAUAAAAGGAUGGACCCCCCCGCAGCAGUUCGGUUCGGUUCUGACAUGUGGCUGCAGCCCGAGACCGCUGCUCCCCAGCCAGGGCAGCGCAGCCGGCGCUGCUGGGUCACUCCUGGCUUCAGCUCACCAGGAAACACGGCCAGCUCAUCGUUGUGCUGCUGCUUUGCCUGGGAGGGAGAGCCUCUGCUCCUGGGAAACCGGGGGUGAGCACCGAGAGGGGCUGCCCUGAGCUCCUGGCACAGGGAGCAGGGAGCAGGGGCUGCCCUGAGCUCCUGGCACAGGG